AUGGACAACCGCUUCGGAACCUUACCGGCAAUAGCGACAGCCGGACCGAAACCAACUGCUCCUGAUGAUGCUGCUGCUGCCCAUGCUGCUUCUGCACUGCCCUCGCCGUUCGCCCCUGACCCAGGCGGGGGCGACGGGCGGCAGCAGCCGCAGCAUCAACGGCAACGGCAACGGCAGCAAGCGGUGCUGCCCCUCUGGGAAGCGCCUGCUGCUGCGAAGAAGCGUCGCGCAGGGGGUCCUCGCGAGGGCUGCACCAUGUGCAGGCUGCGCAAGGUCAAGUGCUCGGGCAGACCGGUGGUCAACGGCCCCUGCGCCAACUGCUCGAGGCUGGAGCUCGAAUGCAGCUUCGUUGACGCCGAGCAAGGCAAAGUAUCUAGGGUCGCACCGUCCAGGGACCGCACAGAGGCUGGGACGGCGAGGAAACGUGCCCAGAAGGCCUGUAAAGAAUGCCACCUCCAUAAAACAAAGUGCUCUGGGGACCUCCCACGGUGCAAGCGGUGCGAGGCGAACGACCUGGCGUGCGAGUACGUGGCCUCGAGGAGGAAGUUCUCCCACGCGCCUACUUUGCAGUCAACGUCCCAGAGCGACGGCCAGGAAGUCGAGGACAGGCCUAGUUUAACGGACGUCAAAGACGACGCAAAGCCACUCAUAUCACCUGUUGGUUUCUCCAUCUCUCCGGCCUUGACGUCCCAGACUAGGCGGUCCUCGGUGGGGAACCUGUACGGGGAAGACCUUUUAGCUCAAAAAGAUACCCUGGUUAGGCAUUUUGAUGUCUUCUUCCAGCUAUGGGCGCCCCAGCCCUGCAUGGGUAUCAUGCAGCGGGACUCGACCUACAUCGAGAUUGAUGAACGACGGCUCCAUCCCAUCGUGGCCGCAGCUGUCUGUGCCAUGACCUCCCGUAUCGUCCACCCCGGCCGAAAACAGAUCCCGUUCGCGGACCGGUGCGCAGACCAGGUCGACUUCUACCUUUUCCGCGCCAUCGACUCGUUCCUGCGCAAGACCGCCCACGAAAACCUGGUCGUCCUUGUCUGUGCCAUCUGCCACUUUUGGCAUGAGAACCAGAUGAGCAAGGUCUGGAUGUACAUGGGCCUUGCCGCCCGCCUCAUCACGGCCCUGCAGCUCAACUGGGACGGCGCGGGUGAGUCCCCUGUCAAGCAAGAGACUAACCGCCGGCUGGUCUGGGUGUGCUACAUCCUAGAUCGUCUGUUGGCAGGGGGGUUCGACGAGCAUCUUGUGCUGCGCGACGACGAUAUGCACCUGAAACUGCCUGUAAGUAACGAGGUGCUGUAUGAAGCCGUCAGUGCGGCAGAAGCAUCCGGGCAGGCCCCAGCCGGGUUCGUAGGAACGCGAAGCAUCUCAAAGAAGCUGUCCAUGGAUGGCUAUCAUCUGAGGCUCCACCGGUUGAGGCAUCAUAUACUGGGGGUGACCAAACGACUCACGAGCCCACCAACUCCGCACCCUCGAAGGCCUCGCCUGGAGGCUUCGCAGGUCAUCAAGCUGGUCAAUGGCCUUCAGAACCAGCUCAUCAGUUUCAGCCAAUCACUAUCUGAAGAUUUAAAAUUAAAUGAUGCCAAUACGAACCGCUUUCUUAAUUCGCCAGAAGGCCCAAGCUUUAUCAUGUUACACUCUCUCUUCUGGAUUCUCCAUGUCGAUCUGUACCGCUUCACGAUCCCAGGGAUCCGUGAGGAAGCUAACCCAGAGCUAUCAAGACAACUACCCAGAGACUUCGUCCUCAAGUCGCAGAGACAGGCAGUUGGCUACGCAGUCAGUCUCGCCCGGUUUUGGCGGACGCUACAAGGCAUCGUGGCCAAGAGACCACCCGGGGACGGGACCGAGAGGCUCCUCACGGUGGACCAAAUGUUUGCUAUACACGUCAUCCAACCUACUAAGAUACUGCUAGCCGCAAGGCAAAAUCAUCUGUUCGACGAUCUAGAAGAUAGUACCGCACCCCUCGUGCGGCAGGGGCCGGUCGACGAUGCGGCUCUAGCGGCACUCGUGGAUUCCAACAUGCAACUAAUCCCGCCAUUCGCUCGCUUCUUCCCUCGCAUCAUGGAUAUUACCCAAGACCUCCGCCAAGCGGUCGCCAACUUCACGCACGACACUCGUUACGAUCAGCCGGAGGCGAUAGGCGCGCCCGCGGUCAAGCCUCACGCGGAGUUCAGGCUGCCCGGUCCCCAUUACGUCCUCGAGAAUGCCCUCGUCCAGCGCGUGCCGGGCCCGGACGACAGAGACAGGGAGAAGCAGAGGAACAUGUCGGCCGCUGAUCUCUGGUUCCGGUCCAAGAAGAGGUCCCGGGAGGAGAGCCCGGUGCUGAUGACGCCACCGAUGAUUAGGCCCCCAGAUGAGGUGGCUGUUAUCCCACCAGUCAACGGCGCGCCCGAGAUCCCGAUCUGGCUGGCAGAGGCGCGCGGUUGCGACCCCCUGCCGGACACGCCGCCGCAGGACGGCGGCGCCGAUGACGCGCAGGCGUGGAUGGGCUCCUCCUCCCAGUCCGGAGGGGUCGGGCUGGGGCUUAGCAAUGCGUACCUGUUCGACGGGUCCUGGUCCAUGCAGCCGUCGCAGGCUGACUUUGAUAUGAUGGCGGGCCAUCCGUAUGGGCAAUCGGGCCCGACGACGCUUCUGUAUGAGCGAGCAAGGGGGAGUGCAAGUGCUGCCAUCCCUCCUGCGAUGCAUGCAGGUGGUGUUGGGGGCGAUAAGAGGAUGUAUUAUGAGAGGACGGGUGGUGCACAACUGCCCUAUCCACAGCAUCUCAACGACUUUGUUGGCUAA